AUGCCUACGCGCUCAUACGCUCAAACUACCUCUAAGCCUCUGGUUCCAAUCUCGUUUAACUAUGUCGCUGAAAGACCUGAAAUGAUUCAAUCACUCACAAUGCCCCCAAGGACCAUCACUGUGUCGGGCGCGGCAUUCUCGACUUCUGCGGGUGCGCAAGAAUGUUUUGAUAAAGGCGACAAAUCCCUGUUGCCCCUCAGCACCUCCGGCGAUAUCACUGAAUACCAGGUAACGGCCGUCGAUGAAAACGGCGUAGAGUUCAAACAUAAGUUACCGUUUGGCGAGAGGAACGAGAAGUUGAAAUUAGAUAACAAGUCGCUGCUUGGACGUGUUGAGGUUCUUACGCGUCGGGUACAUGAUCUUGAGCAGACGCAGCAGAGGCAGCAGGAUGCGGACAGGGUCAUCCAUCAAUGGCAAAUGGCAUCGACAGCAGUAGAAGCCUACGAGCGCCUCCUAUUAAGGGAGCCCCGUGCCGUCUCCAAGGCCUCACGGACAGCGAUGAAUAACCACUCUAUCAGAGAUGUAUCAGAGCUACGUUAUUUGAGCAUACAACACAGGAUGGACGAAAAUGAGCGUAGCAAUCGAACUCAGGCCGCGUUAACAAUCUACAAUUCCAUCCCCCUCCACUACCGACAGAUUCUCGAUCGCCUUGUGCGCGCAAAGACUGCUCUCUCCCAGGAUAGGACACCUUUAGCUCACCCAGCGGUGAAAAAGUCGGAGAUUGCGGGCUUCUUGGCACCUCAUUUCGGGCAUCAAACGAAUCCUGCCACGGAACUGCUAAGAACUGUUCAAGACAAUAUCGACAUAAUAUUAGAUAGGUUUACUACAGCUACUGUACCUUCUACCGGGCACAACACUUUUGGCGUGCCUCGAGCGUGCAGGAGUGUGCACAUCGGCGUGCUUGCACGCCAAUUUCUGCACAUCUAUAAUAUCAGUUUGAGGGGCCACAUAUCACUGGGGAAGAGGCUUGAAGCUUCCCAGUGA